AUGCGAGAAGAUCUUGAAGAAUUUCAAAGAAACAAAGUGUGGCAGCUCGUUCCGAAGCCACGUGGUCACUCCAUUGUUGGCACUAGAUGGGUAUUCAAAAACAAGCUGGAUGAAUCCGGUGCGGUAGUCAGAAACAGAUCAAGGCUAGUUGCAAAGGGCUAUUGUCAACUUGAAGGCGUUGUUCCAGUUUCUACUCUCUUCAAGAGUGCUUUUUCUACUUAUCGCCCACUGGAAAACCCCCAAGAAGUUCAUCUCAAUCUCAUUAACGAUUCUUUGGUCAUCUUGUCCAAAGAAAAGUUCCUCUCAGCCAUUAACCUUCUAGUUCAUCCCUCCAUUAAAAUCUUCUCACCAUCAAUGGCUGACGUCACAUCCGCACUCUACUAG